UAGUGAAUUUGGCUGAUUUUAGUAAAGUGAAUCAGUUUGACAUAUUACUGAUGUCCCAUUAUCUGCAUGUUUAGUUAUUGGAAUGGUUUAAGUUUCCCCUUAGAGUAAAUCUCGUAUUGCUUCAGGCCUUGUGUUUAAGUCUGACGAGUUCUGUUUUAUGAGUUGUAGUUGUUGGGACAUAGCUCAGUGAAAUCUCUAUUUGAUCUGAAUUGUAGAGUGGCAAGAUUUGAAAUUGGCUGGAUGUGAAGGUUGCAAUUAAUCAUGUUUUCAAUUAAUUGAUCCAAUUUCUUCUCCAGCAGUCUGAAUUAGCUUAAUAUCAGUGGUAUGGUAGAAAGCAGAAGACAAUGGGGAUACUGGAAUUGAAGCAAUGGAAGCAGCAGUGCAUGAGGUUACAAAGCUUUUGCGUCUUGCCGAACUCCUUCAAUAUUUUCUAUACAACAGUGCUUUCCUGCAAUGAGUCUAUAUGAGCUCAAGUGCUCAACUGAAAAUAUUUCUAUGGAACAUAGAACAUAUUUCACAAUCAAAUUUCCUGAUUCCAGGUUCUCACAGCAAGAGCUUCCAGCUUGCAAACCCAUUUUGUCACCAGGAUGGGUGGUUUCAAUAUUUAUCACCAUUGGCAUUGUCUUCAUCCCUAUCGGUUUUGCUGCAUUAUUCGCCUCAGAACGUGUGGUGGAACUACAAUUCAAAUAUGACCAAGAUUGUGUUCCUCCAAAGUAUAAGAAUGAUAUGGUUGCAUAUAUUCAAAGCAAUAAGACUGACAAGACCUGUAUGAGGAAAAUGCCUGCUGUUUCGAGUAAAAUGAAAGCUCCCAUCUAUGUCUACUAUCAGAUUGAUCACUACUUUCAGAAUCAUCGUCGAUAUGUUAAAAGUAGAAAUGACAAACAGUUGCGGGGAGAUGAAAAUAAUACAGCCGACUGUGCACCUGAACGCUAUGCAAAAAAUGGUCAACCAAUUGUUCCUUGUGGUCUUAUUGCAUGGAGUUUGUUUAAUGACACAUAUAAGUUUUCAGUGCAAAACAAAUCAAUAGCAGUCAGCAAAAAGGACAUCACAUGGAAAAGUGACCGUGAGAAAAAGUUUUCAAGCAAAGUUUAUCCCAAGAACUUUCAGGAGGGAGGUUUGAUUGGAGGAGCAAAGCUCAAUUCUAGCAUACCUUUAAGCGAACAAGAGGAUCUUAUUGUUUGGAUGAGGACUGCAGCACUGCCAUCUUUUAGAAAACUGUAUGGGCGGAUAGAAGAGGACCUGGAAGCCCAUGAUCAAAUAACAAUAGAACUACAGAAUAACUAUAACACCUACAGCUUUAAAGGCAGCAAGUCAAUCAUAAUUUCUACUGCAAGUUGGAUUGGUGGAAAGAAUGAUCUAAUGGGCAUUGCAUAUCUCACUAUUGGUGGAAUGUCUUUGUUCUUGGCAAUUUGCUUCAUACUUAUGUAUGUGCUCAAGCCAAGACCUCUUGGGGAUACCUCAUACUUGUCUUGGAAUAGAAAUGCAUCAGGAGUUAACCUACGUUUUUAAUCUGUAGUAUGUAUUCCUCUAAGAAAUUUUUGUACUAUAACUCUUCUGCCUUCUUAUCUGAUAGAUAAUAUAAUAUUUGUAUAUUUUCGAACAAACAGAUUAAAUUUGAGUAGUUGAGUGUACAUAAUGCUUUACCAUUGUGAUGGCAUGGAUUGUGCAAGAAACAAUGACAUUGCAUCACUUGUGAGCUAGGAUUUAGGGUUGUCUUUUGCAA